AUGGAGCUUCGGGGCAGUAUCCCUCAUCUACUGUGUCUUUAUCGAGAUUUGACUGCCUCAAUACGUUCAAUUGUGGGCGCACAGGGAGUUCUGCACGGCCCUGUCCAAAUUGGAGAUUUGUCUCCACCUGUAGGCUUCGUUUCCGACGGAGUUGUUCACAAGUUUCCUGAACUAUCCAAGCGAGACAUGAGAGGGCUGCUUAGUAACACGACGUUUAAUUUGCGGGAUCACCCAAUUUCCCAUCAUUGCGACGAGCUUUCCCAGUCCACACUAUCUACCAUUGUCCAAGCAUUCAAGGAGCUUAGGCAAAUUGCCCUUCCCGUGUAUUCAGAUCUCCAAUUUCGUCUGGCUUUGAAACUUUUAUCGACGCGCUCCCGUUUCGGGUUCCUACAACGUUCUUCUCAAACCGCUCUUAAUUGCGGUUAUGGCUGUACCAGUGUGGAAACGGAACGACAUCCCUUUUUCGAGUGCGCUCAUGUUGUUCCUCAUCCAGGCGGAUUGGCACGAUUUCUUCGGAGACAUUACGCGGGAGCUGGUUUGUCUCCCCUGUGA